AUAUUGUAUUUGCGGUCACUUUGAUUUUCAACAGCCGAUUGUUUUGUUAAAAUUAUGAGCUAAUUUUAAGUAUUGUCAAUAUGGACCGUAAUAAAAUGAAUGCCUCGAAUAGAGGUCAAAAAAAGGUGUUAAUGGGAGGCGAACAACUAUACGCCCUCGGCACAAAAGCUGUUCGGGAUGACGCCAAAUCGAAAAUAUUGCCAAUCAAAGGUAUGCCCGGCAGUUCUAAUUCCAGCGAUCGAAAAAGAGAGGCUCCUACGGCACUUACCAGUCAUGCGAGUAAACGAUUUCGUGGGAAUAUCAAAGAUGGUACUGCUGACAUGACACCAACAACAUCAACCAGCGGUGUGGCCCAAUACGAAGUCUGGGAACAAGUAGCUGUUGACUGUGAUUUAGCCACAGUGCUCGAAAGCAUAUACACGGCAAUUGAACAAAACGACAAUGAAGCGGUUGUUCGUUACAUUUGUGGCAUUAUUCGGCAAGCAACCUCUACGUCUCUUUCGGCUAGACCAAAGGUGGACAAUAUUGCAUAUUUAACACUCUUAUACUUGGCAAAAGUGCAUCCGAAUUACUUCAACAAUGAUGUGGUCACGUAUGCACUUUUAUCGUUUUUGCGUCGUGAGUCAAAUGUGAAAAUGCGCUACAAUGUCAAUCUGCACAUAAUUCUCACAAAUCUGCUUACUCGAGGAUAUGCCGAUGUAUCGCAGUGGCCAGAGGUAUUAUUGCGCACUUAUAUUGAUGAUGCUGUCAAUGAGCGCUUCUGGGCUGAUAACGAUUGUUGUGCACCGUUUGUGAAAAACAUAUGUGCGACUUUCGGUACACGGACUCCUCAUUUAAGUCUGCUACGAUGGGAUGCCAACACGACAGUUGCUUCAGGUCAGGCGCAUCGAGACAACGUUACUAUCGACGACGAUUCUGGUGACAAUUCCACACAGAGUCUUGAUGCUAGUCCGUAUAUGCAAGGCGAUGUGGAUCAAACAACCGAUAACCUUUGCACAGUUAAACGGCGUUUUUCUGAUACAACUGUGCAAAAAUUGGUUAGCGAUGCAAUACGCGAUCAACUGAACAAACGCCAGCAGCAGGAUAAUUACACACGCAACUUUCUCAAGUUUCUUUGCACCACGUCCGGCAUUGGUGAGGUGCGUUGUCUGAGCAUCUCGCGGCUCGAGCUGUGGAUACAUAACGGCAAGCUUGUCAAAUUCGCCCAGCAAUUAUUGUCAUACAUUUGCUUCAAUAUCAAAGGAAAAAGCACACAGGAUAACGAAGUGCUGCUGGUCUUAAUUAAAAUGCGCCUGAAAACUAAGCCGCUUAUCAACCACUACAUGUCAUGUCUCAAGGAAAUGAUUCACCUACAGCCGGAUAUACUAAGCACUAUCAUGAAGUUAGUGGUUCAAAAUGAGUUGUCGAACACCAGAAAUCCCAACAACAUGGGCAUGCUAGCUACAAUGUUUCAAACUUCGCCAGACCAGUCAGCCGUCAAUUUGGCGGAAAUAUACCAGGAGUUCGUAUUGCAACGCGAUGAUUGCUUAAGGACAUUACGUGUGUUCCUGCGGGAACUUGUGCGCAUGCUGCGCUUCGAUGUGAAUCUUGUCAAGUUUUGUAAAACAUUCUUAAGCGAACGCGACGAAUUGAAUCAACAAAUCGAGCACUUUGAGUUUAAAGAGCGCAUCUUUCACUCUAUGGUCGAUCUUGUAUGUCUCUGCAUGUUUCUAUCGGCCACGCCGCAGGCACGGGAAGGCAGCUUAUCGCUGAAAACUAAUCGUGAUGUAAAGAACAAUCAAGCUCUGAUUAAGUUGUACAAUCAAAUGUCCCAAAUUCAACUGGAUGCCGUUUCAUGGAUGUACGAAACAGUACCAAAUAUUUUUAAAAUUCAAGGCAAUGAAUACAAUCAAGCGCUGCACAAGUUGCUAUUGCUUGAAAAUGCAGAGCAAUAUUCGCGGUGUGAUCAAUGGCCAUCAGAGCCCGAAAGGGCAGCAAUUUUGCGUAUAAUUUCAGAGACUCCUAUUCACGAGGAAACGUUAUUGCGUAUUAUUUUGAUAGGUAUCACAAAGGAUAUUCCAUUUUCCAUCGCAAACACAUUCGAUAUUUUGUUACUGGUGAUAAAACGUGUAUCGGGAAUGAAAGCAACUGAUUUCCCUGCAGUGCAGGCAAACAAAUUCGACAUUAUCGAUUUUCUAUUUAGCAUGUCGGAAUAUCACCAUCCGGAAAAUAUUCGCUUGCCAUCGGACUAUGAGCCACCAAAGUUGGCAAUCAUGGCAUUCUACUGGAAAGCUUGGUUAAUACUUUUAAUGAUUUCUGCACACAAUCCUUCGUCCUUUGGUGCCUUUUGCUGGGACCAUUAUCCCACUAUGAAAAUGUUAAUGGAAAUUUGUAUUACAAAUCAAUUUAACAAUGUUGCCCCUCACAAGGAUGAAUUACAGAUAAUUACUGUGGAAAGGGAUCACAUUCUUCAAUUUGAAACCUACUUGGCAGCACAAACCUCGCCUCAUGCGAUUAUUACCGAGGAAAAUGCAAUUUUAAUAACGCAGCUCAUGCUAAUGGAUCCGAUGGGAACACCUCGAAAAGUACCCAACUUGGUAUUAGAACAACUAAAGUAUCUCAAUCAAACAUUCAAGUUAGGACAUCUAUUCUGCCGUUGUCGGAAGCCAGAUCUGUUGCUAGACAUUAUACAACGACAGGGCACAACACAAUCGAUGCCUUGGUUGUCCGAUCUAGUCCAGAAUAGCGAGGGAGACUUUAGCCAUCUUCCCGUGCAGUGCUUGUGUGAAUUUUUGCUCUUCAAUGCGCAUAACAUUAACGAGGAGAAUAGCCGCGAUGCCGAGUUGGUUACCUUUAUCAGAAAUUUAAUUAUGGACUCCAACUAUAACAACCACAUUGUUUGUGAAGUACUAGACUAUAUAUUUAGACGGUUGUCUUCGACUGUGAAACAGUCGCGAGUAGCUGCAUUAGCAGGUCUGAAGAUUAUCUUCAACAAUUCGGGAAGAUAUGAACACGAAUGGUUAUUAAAAUCGAUUCAACAAAUUCCACACUUUAUGGAGGCAAAAGCCUUUAUUAUUCCACAACUAAGAGCUGCCUGCCAAGUAGAAAAUUGCCCCGAUUUAAUAAUGGCAUACAUACAAUUUAUUACGGCUCAUACGCUCAACGAUCCGGUUAAUGAAAUGCUGGAUCAUGUCAUCGAUAUGGCGCAGUUGAUUGUCGAGAGAAGCACAAUGUUCCAACACAUCAUCAUCUCGCAAGAGGAUUACGAUUUGCAGCCCGAUGAGAAUCGUAUACAAACAUUAAAAUGCCUAUUUGUUGUGUUUAACAAUUAUAUCAUUAAGCUCAGAGAAUUUCACGAGCCUUACGAAUGGACCGAAUAUCCGGAUUUGUUAAUGGUUCAGUUUGAUGAUGGCGUCCAACUUCCGUUGCACAUUAACAUUAUUCAUGCCUUUAUCAUAUUACUAACCUACUCCAACAGUAACAUGCCCGAGUCCAUACCUAUUCUGGAUUAUUGGUUUCCUCCCGGCAGACCAGCUCCUGUUGCCUUCCUUCCCAACAUGCCGCAGGAUCAAAUUCAACUUUUACCAGAUUGGCUAAAACUUAAGAUGAUUCGGUCUUCAGUUGAUCGUCUGAUUGACGCAGCUUUAAAUGAUUUGACGCCCGAUCAAAUUGUGCUUUUUGUGCAAAACUUUGGCACGCCUGUAAACUCCAUGUCCAAACUGCUAGCGAUGCUGGAUACGGCUGUCUUGGAACAGUUUGACUUGGUCAAGAAUGCCAUUCUCAACAAGGCAUAUUUGGCGCAGCUAAUUGAGAUACAGCAAGCACGAGGCGCUAAAAAUGGUCAUUACACUGUACAAGCUCUGGAUUUGCAUUCGCAUUCGCUAACUGUGCCCGAUCUGCCCAAAUUGAAUACACAAACUCAGGAGAAUCUGCUCAUCACUGAAUAUCAACCGAUCUCAGCUGAACUUCCUAAUAAGGCCGCAACAUUCAGCGAGUUAUCGGCAAUACUUCUUGACAAAGCCGAUCAGAGAGCAAUUCCCAAUAAGGAAACGCGUAAAGUAGUUCAUAAUAUGCUAGACAUUGCAGUCAGCCCGACGAAGCUGAGUUCUGAAGUUCUACAGACCAUACACAAUGUCUUAGAUCAGCCCGCUUGGGAUCAACGCAAAGAUAAGAAGCACAAAUGCUCCAUCAAUGCCACACGAGACUCUUGCACGAUAUUGAGAACUUAUUUCAGCUGUAAAUUGGAUCCAGACUUUUAUCGUCUCACUGAGGGAACUUUCAAUACACAAUACGAUGUCGACCAAACAAAAUACCUAGUGUGAAGGAUGACUUUUUUAAAUGAACUCUUCAACGACAGCUUAUCCUCGAUGCUGCAGAGCUCACAACAACUGCAUUUUGCCAAAUUCAAAGCACAACAUUCGCUACCGGAAACCAAGAAAAUCGUUAGAGAAAUGAUGCGAGGAUUUGAGUAUCCGAUGGGGGAAAGCAACUCCAACCUUAACAAGCAAGGGCAAUAUUAUAAAAUUUUCAAAAAUGGACUAUUUAUUGACUGGCUCGCUGAGGCAGAUCCUGAAAUCGUUUCAAACAAGCUGUUUAAAGAGAAAUUCCUAUUCUCCAAGUCAUGCAGUGAAUUUCGAUUUUAUCUUUUGUCACUGAUUAACCAUCAAACAAAUUGGGAUACCAUUGAGGGUAUAGCGCAGUCAUUGUUUAAGGAUUACAAAGAUGACAAGGACUUCAGCACCGUGCUCAACUAUUUCGAGGCAUUGACAACAAAUCCCAAACUUUGGAAAGGCAGAGACAAGUACAUGUCUAAAAAUGUACAACCAAAUUCAUUUUUCAAAUUGGAUUCUAAGGAGCUGGAGCCAUUUGUACACUUUAUUCUGUUUGAGGGCAUCUCAGAGUUGUCCACAACUAACUACGAUUUUAAAUUAUGUUCACGAAUGACUCUACUUUUUAAACUAACAGAAAAGCGCAAAGAUCUAAUGGUUAAAGUAGUAGAAUAUGUGGAAAAAAGUUCGGUUUCCGAGGCGCUAAAACAUCAACUUCUGCAACAACUUUACAUAAUGUAUCCUCGAAUCAAGUUCUUGAAGUCCUGCAAUGCCGUCGGACAAACGCACAAAUUGCAGAGCUUAAAAGGCUGUCAAUUUGAUAAGAUAUCUAAUAAUUUAAUCACCUGCUUGGGUAGCCUCACUGCAAAGAAAGACUUUGAAACACUCUCAACGGAUACGGAACUUUUACUGCGAAAACUGGCAGCGUCGCAUCCUUUACUAUUCCUGCGUCAUUUAGGAGUUCUGUCGUCCAUUAUGCAGGGGAGAGCACAAAAUAGCAUGAAAGCUUUGAGAGAGGAACAUCAUUUUCAUCGUUUUGUCCAAAUUCUGAGAACAUUGGAGCUCUUACAGCCAACUAUAUACGAAGAUACAUAUAAGAACGAGAUUCAAACGACGCUUACAUGCUACUUUACCUUCUUUAAACAUCACAGUUCGGUAAAGGAAGCAUGCCAGAUGUUGGCCAAGUUUGUGCAGAUUCUGCAGGCCUACAUUAAUUGCAAUCCUUCGAGUGCUUUGCUUUUUAUUGAGCAAUAUGUGGGCAUUCUAUCAGAGCUCUCUGUCAAGUAUACAUCAAUGGUUGAGUUGCAAACUUUGGUUCAAGCAGUUGCAUUACUGCAACAUAAGUCGAAUAAUUCCUCAGAGCUUGAUGACGAGGACGUCAAAUUUGAAUACGAACUGGAUGGGCAUUCAGAUACGAAACCCAAAGCAGUGGUUAGUGAAUUGGAUUCCAUGGAGGGUAAUCUAAAUGCCCAGGAAGUCGUUGGCCGCGGCUCCUUCUCAGUGCUUACAUUGGGCUCCUAUAACAAAGCAAACUUCAGCGAUGUCUCGCCCCAUUUUCUAGAUUUAAUUAAAGUGAUUAAGCAGUCGCACAUCGAAGAUGUGAUCCUGGGACCUUUGCAAGAAAUGGAAUGCUUAACAUCGAAACGUUUUGUCUUCAUCAAUGAGCUCUUCGAACGUCUUUUGGAUUUAAUUUUCUCGCCCAGCGCCCAAAUACGUUCCAUUGCUUUUAUUAUUUUAAUACGACAUCUUAAGCAUAAUCCGGGUAAUUCAGAUAUCAACCAGUGCACCUUGAAUGCAUAUAUCCAAUGUUUAAGGGAUGAGAAUUCUUCGGUGGCCGCUACUGCCAUAGAUAACUUGUUGGAGAUUUGUUUAUUGCUGCAGGAGCACGCUGUUGAAAUCUUGUCCGUUGCUUUCUCACUCGGCAUCAAAUCAUGCCUUAAUACCAGCAAUCAAAUCCGUAAAGUCAUGCAGACAUUGGUGGUACAACACGGUUAUUAACUCUUUCGAUUGUAAUGAUGAACACUAAAGAUAAGGAAUAUUGCAACAAUGUAUUAUCAUUAACUUAUGUAAAUAAACAAUUUUAUCUCUAUUGAGUAUUUUUGACUUCCAGCUUGUGUGCUGUAGAAUUUAAAAUUCUUAUAUAAGAGUUAAGUUAAUCUGAAUAAAUUUAAAACGCAGGUAUUGUGGUCAGAAUUUGAAUCAUAAAUGUUUUAUUUAUCUUAAAUUCUAGGCGGGCUUUGAGUGCAGCUAUAUGGAUGGUACAGUUCACAUUUAUUGCACUCUUAGUGUUUAUUUAUUUAAAUAUUAUGUUAAAAUGGUUUACAAACUAAUUAACUAAACAUUCAUAUCAUAUUUGCGAAUGAUUAAUGUAUAUUGUAUCCAUUAAAUUGGUUUAUUUAUGUUGUUUCUUUGGUGCAAUAUUAUUCAAAAAGAAAGUAUUUUACGUUUCUUUCGCAAAUAAUAUUUUACAUGUUCAUAUUGUAUUAUUUGAAAUAAAAGCACAGAAGCGAAUCACAAACAUUGAUUUAAAGUGGGCAAAUUACAAGUAGAAUUAUUAUAAAUAAAAAUAACUUUAGCUUAACCAACUUUCACAUUUAAUGACUAUAACAAACGUUUUUCGUAUCGCCAAUCGUUAUGUUUAAUUUCGUAUUUAAUAUAAGUAUUUGCUACUAUGUUUAAAUAUUUUGCAAAAUACGUGAUGAUAAUAAAAUUAUCUUCUAUGAAUUAUAAGAACUGUACAUAAAGGAUUUUUUCCUUUAAUUAAAAUAUUUUUAGAUUAUCGCGUUGAUGAUUCCCUGACGUUAACCGUUAAAUUUGCCGGAGUCGUUACUUCAAUCUGCAAUGUAUAAUAUUAUAAAUUAAUUUAUUAAAAAAUAAA